UUUUAGGAUGAACUUUAAUCCAAACUUUGAAGAAAUAGGGAAUGCUUUUAUCCAACAUUAUUAUUCGAAAUUCGAUGUGCAGGAUCCUGCAGCACGAGGUUCAGGUCUUAGCGAUCUUUACGAUCCAAUGAAUUCCUACAUGACGUUUGAAGGUGUACAAGUAAAAGGACGGGAUUCUAUUUUGCAGAAAUUUGCUGCCUUGCCGUUUAGGAUGAUACAACGGGCAAUAACAAAAACAGAUUGUCAGCCACUGCCAGACGGGUCCAUACUUGUUGCAGUCAUUGGACAACUUAAGACUGAUGAUGAUCCAAUCCAAUCGUUCAAUCAUUUUUUCGUACUUCGUCCUGCAACUGGUUCAUUUUUCAUUUCAAAUGAAAUCUUCCGCCUAGUGUUACACGAUCACUAAUAACAGUAUGAUAUGCCAUUAAUGCUUUCUCUCUCUCACUUUCUCAUUUUUUCUUUAACAUAAUUAAAUAUUUUUCGUUGUUUUCGUCAAUUUACAUUGAAAUUUAUAUUGAAGUAAAAAAAGUGAAAUGCUGCCUAUUGGUGAUAUUUAUAUAAAUUGAAUAUUUUAUCGUUUUAACGUUACGGUUUUUGUUUCCUUUGUGUGAAUGAAUUCAUACUUGAUGGAAAUUGAAUUAGAUUUGUG